GUCUGGUCUUUGACAAGUCAGUCGAUGAUGUGGCGAGGCAAGUAGUCCCCCACACUGUCAGUCUAGCCCCGCCCCCCCUGCCUCAGGCGCACUUAGAUUGAAGAGAGGUGAAGCAAAGGUGGGUUCAUGAUUGAUGACGGACUGAGCCACGCGAGGGCGAUUGGCCGGUGGGGCUGAGGUCAAGGAAGCUGCCGGCCUUAGGAAGAUCUUGACCCUGAACCCCAGCACCGAGCCGGUGACCGCCUUAUUUCCUACCGGUGGCCAUCGAUCAAUGGCUGCGCAACUAUUCGGCAACGAGGAGAUUUAGUUCAAGGGCACCUGAUCCAUCGACAAAGCCAUCUUCGAGUGUCAGUGCGAUGGGCAUCCUCGACUCGAUGGCCGCGCGCCUCAAAGAUCGCGAGGCCAAAGCGAUGCUACGUCGUUUCUCCAUCUUCCAACCUUCGACGAUCUCGUCCACCUCGAACCUCGCCGACUUCAGCAGCAACGACUACCUCUCCAUCGCCACAUCGUCUUCGCUCAAGGACGCCUUCAUGCGCCGAGCAUCAGCCGGGCGAGUGGGGGGAAGCACUGGCAGUCGCCUCCUCGAUGGCAAUAACGGUCAAGGGGAAAUGGAGCACCUUGAGGCAAGGCUUUGCAGAUUCUUUGAUGCAGAGCAUGCCUUGCUUUGCCCGUCGGGAUGGGAGGCAAAUGUCAGCCUCUUCUCCACUGUCCCUCAGCCUGGCGAUGUCGUCCUCUACGACUCCUUGGUCCAUGCAAGCGUCCACGACGGGAUGCGCCGCUCCCGCGCCCACUGCGUCGCUUUCAAGCACAACGAUGUGCGGGACUUCGAGAGGCAGAUGGACGCCAUUGUGAGCAGCGGUAGACUGAGUCCAAAGGCAAACGUCUUUCUGGCGGUGGAGACGCUGUACUCCAUGGAUGGAGACUACGCCCCCUUACCGCAGCUCAUAGCCGCUGCUCGGCGCCACUUUCCCGCAGGCAGCGGGCGAUUCUGGACACUCGUGGAUGAAGCGCACUCCGUAGGCGUUCAUGGGGCUACAGGAGCAGGCAUCUGUCAGAUGCUGGGUGUCUGCCGCGACCCCGAAGUCAUGCGGGUCUGCACCUUUGGCAAGGGAUUUGGCUCCUCAGGUGCAGUCAUCCUUACCAGGUCGAGCGUGGCGAGGCAAUACCUGAUCAACUAUGCGAGGCCCCUCAUCUUCUCUACGGCCAUGCCGCACGCUAAUGUGCACCUCAUCCACGCGAGUCUGGAUGUGCUCGAGUCGGAGGAGGGGCCAGCAAGGAGGAGCAGGCUACAUGUAAAUUGUGGCAUGCUGAGGGAGGAGUUGAGGGCAAUCGACGGGCUGCAAGAGGAUGAGGAAGGGCUGCUUUCAUUGCAACCUCGUGCUGAGUCAUCUCAAGCGUCAAAAUUGCCUGCGGGAGGCGACCCAAUGUGGCUACGAGCUGUUUGCAACGCUGCGGCAAUAGGAAGCGACGACAGCGAUGCGGGUGAUCCACCUUCAGGCUCAUCAUUAACAUCAACAGCGCCGUCGCCGCCAGUCCCGCUCCCCUCGCCCAUCAUGCCUCUUCUCACCGAGCACGCCUCAACACGCCCACUUGCCGCCUUCCUGCAAUCGCGAGGCUUCCUCGUCCGGCCAAUCACCUACCCGACCGUACCCCUCGGUCGGGAUCGGGUGCGCAUCUGCGUCCACUCGGACAACACUGAGGAGCAAGUACGUGGACUAGCCAGAGCGGUAAGGGAGUGGACGACGAGAGAGAGCCGGAUGAGGGGGUCGAACAGGGGAGGUGACGAGCAGCAGCAGCAGCAGCCACCACAGACUUCGGCGAGAGCAGGCCGAGAAAGUAGGCUAUAGAUCCCGUAGCACGUAGGGGGAACCCACAGUGGGGUCAGCAGAUCUCUUUCUUUUAAGCAUUCCCUUGUACAAUACCAUUAUUCAUCGCACUCUUCUUAACUUCCCUCCUUUCUGUCCUUCGUCGUUGACCACCACUGUCCUUACAUUGCACUCAUACCUAUACGCCCACCACCUCUUCCUCAUUGGGCGCGUAGUAGCGCGGAUAGACCCACGGUGUGUAAGAGAACUUCUCGCUCGGGCUCG